AUGGGUUGCACAAGCUCCACUACCGCACAUGAGUCUGAAGUGGUUUUUCCGGCGAGGACGAUUCCAAAGCAUGCUGUGGAGUUUCCGAUGAAGGAUCGGAAGAAUAUCUGUGAAGACGACGACACGGACAUCAUCACGCAGAGCACCAGCACGAAGGCCUCCUCUACCUGGACCUCCACCAGUACCUUGGCCGCAGAGUUGAUGGAUCUGGACUCCUCAUGGGAGUUUGAGAAGACACCCAUCGCAGUACCAGACGGUCUCGUCAUCCGCCGGCCUCCUACGCGCCGCCUGCACGAGAAGCACGUGAAGAAGCUGGACAAAUUCCUGUCUGACGUGGAGCGUCAGCCGCAAGUCCUGGACGAGAUCGUCGGCAAGAG